UGUAUGUGAGCGUGUGUGAGCCAGCAGAGCUGCCUGUGUGUUUACAUGUCAGCCUAUCAGUGCUGCCGGAUUUAGCGCAUCUGGAGAGGACGAAGGCAUUUCUCAAAUGCCCCUCAGACAAGGGAUUCUCAUCUCUGCGUAUAUCCCUCUAACACAUUUGAAUCUUGCCUGUCCUGAAUCCUGCAUCCCUGACUCCAUGCUUUCGGAGGCAUUUUGAAUUUCCUUGGCAACAUGGAGCUGCCUGAAUUAGAAUUCUCUGCAUGACAGUCCUGGUAAACACUAGGAUGGUGUUUGGAGAGGCAGGAGGGCACAGCUACUUGGUGGCGUGCUGGCAGCCCAUCCUGAUCCUGAUGCUAGGCACCGUCCUUUCUGGUUCCACCACCGGCUGCCCCUCUCGAUGUGACUGCAAUGCUCAGGAGCGUUCGGUCGUGUGCCAUCGACGGAGACUGGCAGCCCUUCCUGAGGGCAUCCCCACUGAAACAAAGCUAUUAGACCUUAGCAAGAACCGUCUGAAGAUUCUCGGGCCAGAGGAGUUUAUUAACUACCCUCAGCUGGAGGAGCUGCAACUCAACGAAAACACUAUUUCAUCCAUUGAGCCUGGGGCCUUUGGCAACCUUAUGAACCUUCGAAUUCUAGGUUUGCGCACCAACCAACUGAAGCUCAUUCAGCUGGGGGUAUUCACAGGCUUGACCAACCUCACACAGUUGGAUAUAAGUGAGAACAAAAUUGUCAUUCUGCUUGACUAUAUGUUCCAGGAACUGUACAACCUAAGGGCUUUGGAAGUUGGUGACAAUGAUCUCGUCUUCAUCUCACCACGAUCAUUUCAUGGCCUCAGCAACCUUGAAAGCCUCAACAUUGAGGGCUACAAAUUAGCCUCAGUGCCAACGGAUGCCCUUAGCCAUCUGCAUAACCUGUUGUCACUUCGAUUACGCUAUCUUAAUGUUACUGUCAUAAGGGAUUACUCUUUUAAGCGGCUGUAUCGACUGAGAGUCCUGGAAAUUUCUCACAUGCCUGCCCUGGAUACCAUGACCUCAAAAUGCUUGUUUGGACUCAAUCUCACCUCUUUAUCCAUCACAAACUGUAAUCUCAGUGCUAUUCCUUAUCAAGCCAUCAGUCACCUCAGAUAUAUUCGGUUUUUGAAUCUGUCUUUCAAUCCCAUUCUUACUGUGGAAGGGAACCAACUAUUUAAUCUACAGAAACUUCAGGCAUUUCAUUUGGCUGGUGGGAGAUUGGUGACCAUUGAGCCUUACUCUUUUCGAGGACUCAACCACCUACGUGUACUCAAUGUAUCAAGCAAUGGCUUGAACACUCUUGAGGAGUCUGUCUUUCACUCAGUGGGAAACCUGGAAACCCUGGCUUUGUUUGACAACCCUUUGGCCUGCGACUGCCGUUUGCUGUGGGUUUUCCGCCGGCGGUGGAGGCUUAACUUUAACAAGCAACAGCCCAUGUGUGCUUCACCUGAAAUUGUGCAAGGAAAAGAGUUCAAAGAUUUCCCAGAUACACUCCCUCCUGACUAUUUCAUCUGCCAGAAAUCAAAGAUUGUGGAUUAUAAGGUUCAAGAAAGCCAUGUAGAUGAAGGGACAACAGUUCAGUUUGCAUGUCAGGCUGAGGGUGAUCCAGUCCCUGUGAUAAUGUGGUUGUCCCCUAAAAAGGAAUACAUCACUGCUAAGACCAUGGGGUCAAGACUUUCUGUGUCUAAUGAUGGUACACUGGAAGUGCGCUAUGCACAAAUCCAGGACAACGGCACCUACUUGUGUAUUGCAAGUAAUGCAGCAGGCAAUGACACCAAAGCUGCUCACCUUUUUGUGCAUAGCUACUCCCCGAAUUGGCCCCACCAGCCAAACAAGACAUUUGCUUUCAUUUCCAACCAGCCAAGUGAUGAGGGUUCUAAUGUGACCCGGGCCUCAGUUCCAUUUCCAUUUGAUGUGAAGACACUCAUCAUUGCAACAACCAUGGGAUUUAUAUCUUUCCUAGGAGUGGUCCUCUUCUGUCUUGUAAUAUUAUUUCUCUGGAGCAGAGGUAAAGACAAUACCAAGUCAAGUAUUGAAGUUGAAUAUGUGCCACGUAAAGAGGAAACAGAAGAGGCCAGUCCAACUGAAGCACCUGUACAAUUCAACAUGAAAAUCAUGUGAGCCCCAAAAGGAGUCCAUUUAAGCUUACAAACUGCUGUCGGGAUGCACACUAUUCUUGCUUACAAUAUGCACUCAUUAAUGAGUGAUAGAAAUUGCACAGCAACAAAGGCAUCUUGACACUAUACUCUUGACUUUUUUCCGCCCUUUUUUAACUUCAGGGACUGAACCUUUCAAAGCAAAUGUUGGAUUUCAAAUAUUCAGAUUUCUGUAAAUUUGUAUUGGCAACACUCAGUAUGUUAACAUGCACACACAACCCAAUUAGUGUAUGGGACCAAAUAAGGAGUACAUAGAAAUAAAGCACAGUUUACACAAUAAAUGGGUUCAUAUUUACAGAGAUUUAGAGAGAAUGAUUUUGUCAUUAGGAUUGUGGCUGUUGGAUAUUUUUUAUUUAUACUUUUUUUGCUCUGAUGAACAUUCAAAGCACAAGGAUCUCAUGUAAGUGCCCAUGUUUUGAUGCUUGAAAAACUGAGAUAAAAUCACUUUUCUUUUGUCCUUUCACAUGGAGUUUACAAGAAUGACAAUAACUUUUAGGUAAAUUGAUAAUAAACAAGACUUAUUGUCAAAUUUCCACCAAAUAAAGGCACAAUUCUAAGAAAGACGAGAUAAAAUUUGAAAGAUAAGUACUAAAAGGAGUCAAUAAUAGGAGAACUAAUGUUUGGAGUGAUACAGAUAAUGAAGGAUUGUUGAAUCUUGACAGUGAAAAAAUGCACAAGAGCUGAACCUCACCGCGUGCUUUGUGUUAUUGUAGCCUUUUUCCUUUUUCCAAAAUUAUAAUCAGCAUUUUCUCUAAGCACUUUGAUGUUGUUGUCUUUAGGUAUUAAAAAGCAACUAUCCCUAUGGAUAAGUGUCCAUUGAAAAGUCAGUUUUUCAACUCAACUUCAAGUUUGUUGUAUAUGAGUCAGAAAUUAAGAGUAAUUCCUUAUUCUAGUAAUGGACAAAUAAGAAGUGCGCAUGUUAACACACUGAUAAAGAAAAAAAAGCCACAGUUUGUGCUCCUUUCACCCAGCAAAGGACAUUUGUCUUUAAAUGUAUUGAAAUGUUGCGAUAUACAUACUUUUCUGUAUUUUAUUCUUCCUUGUACAUUAUGCUAUGGCACAAUAGUAAUGCUUUUGAUGGCUGUGGGUUUUGAACAUACUGCAAUCCAAAGAGCAGAUUAACAUUAUCCAGUAAACAUGUUUUUGAUGUAAUUAAACUGAAGAAGUGAGUUACUGCUUGUUAUAGUGAAUAACAACUGAGUAACAACUUACAAGUACAACAACAUUGAUUUGUUUACUUAUUUGGCAGCUCAGUAAGU